UCUGCACUGCCGGACCCUGCUGUUUAUCUUUAUUUUUAUCUCUGUCCGUGCUGGGACAGAGCUGGAGACAGAGGCGCUUCCCGCUCUCUCGGGCAGCAGCUGCGUGAGCUCUGGAUGCCAGGAGGAGCAGAGUUAACACCCUCUCUGGAAGGACCGGGACUCCCUGAUGCAGGAGGAGAAAUCCCAUCAGACAGGAGGCAACUUGGUGCUGAGCAGGCAGGAGCAGCAGCUCAGCACAAAGCUGGUAAACCUCAAGAAGAAGGAAGUGGAAAGAGCCAUAACUACAGGACAGUUUCCUCCAAGCAUGCAUUUCUUCCGGGCAAAAAGCCUCAUUGAUCAGAGCGCGGUGUUCAGCAUCUUAAAGCGCAUGCCAAAAGGUGCUGUGCUCCACCUGCAUGACUUUGCCAUGCUGAGUGUAGGCUGGCUAGUAUACAAUGCCUCCUACUUGCCCGACUGCUACAUCUGCUUCACCCACACGGGCUCCGUCCGCUUCCGCUUCUCCCGCCCGCGCCCUUCCCACCUGCCAGCCCAGUGCUCUCAGUGGGAGCUGCUGGAGACCUACCGGGGACGGCUGAGCGACGUGGCCGAGUUUGACAGAGGCUUGCUGAGAAACCUGACCCUGGUGACAGAUGCCCCUGAGCUGGCCUACCCCUCUCAGACUUUCAUUUGGAAAAGAUUUGAAGAAAUCUUUCUCACUGCCUCUGGACUUAUCUGCUAUGCACCUGUGUUCAAGGCCUAUUUCUACCAGGGGCUGCUGGAGCUCUAUGAAGAUAACAUACAGUAUGUUGAGAUAAGAGCUAUCCUGCCUGCGGUGUAUGAACUGGAUGGCACCCAGCACAAUAAAUCAUGGUCUGUGGCAACCUACCGGGAAGUGACCAGGCAGUUCGUGAAGGAGCACCCAGACUUUGUUGGAGCCAAAAUUAUAUUUGCAGCACACAGGAUGCUGAAUGUUUCCCAGAUUAAAGAAGCCAUCCUCACUGCCAUGGCACUCAGAGCUCGCUUCCCAGACACCCUGGCAGGCUUUGACCUGGUUGGUGAUGAGGAUGAAGGUCAUUCUUUAUGGGACCUGAAGGAUGCUCUGACCAUCCCAUAUUCCAUGGGGGUCAACUUGCCAUACUUCUUCCAUGCUGGGGAGACUGACUGGCAGGGCACCUCUGUAGACAAUAAUGUGCUGGAUGCAUUGCUACUGAAUACCAGCAGGAUUGGCCAUGGACUUGCUCUCACUAAACACCCAGUAGCCAAAAGUUUGUCUCUGAAGAUGGAUAUUCCUGUGGAAGUCUGCCCCAUCUCCAACCAGGUCCUGCUGCUGGUAGCUGACCUGAGGAGUCACCCUGCAGCUGACCUCAUGGCUGAGGGGCACCCCAUUGUGAUCAGCCCCGAUGACCCCCCCAUUUUUGGGGCAAAAGGAGUCUCCUAUGACUUCUAUGAGGUAUUCAUAGCCAUUGGAGGGAUGAAUGCUGACCUGAGGACCCUAAAACAACUUGCACUCAACUCCAUAAAAUACAGUGCCAUGCUACCGGAUGAGAAAGCCAAGGCCAAAGAGAUCUCAAAAAAAUGGGACCAAUUUGUGGCUGACCUCUCUGAUAGCUUUCUGAGGGAGCUGUAGAGACGACAAGGCUCAUCUCAGAAGACAUUUGGCAAGCUGGGGCAAGCCAGAGUGAUUGCUAAGAGGGAGGCUGCUUCUUCCAUGUGACCUGAGCAGAUGAAUGGAUGUCAAAGUCUCACCUGGCAGUGGGUGAUUCUGCUAAGCCAGGCUUAAUGGGCUUAAAGCUAAGAAAGAACUGCACUAUCUUGUGAAACUCAUGGACUGUAGGUAAAAGGGAGCAGUGAUCCUUUAGAGCAACCACAAGAAAGCACCCUGCUCAAAAGAGUCAAAACGAUUAAAAACUGCCAAUGACCAAAUCCUGACA